AUGAGCAUCCCGCGCGCCGCGCACCUCCUCGUGCUCCUCUCCGUCCUAGCCGCCAUCUCCCUCUCGUGCGGCGCCGCGGCAGCGCUGCCGGUGUACGACACGGACGGCCACGAGCUGAGCGCCGACGCGGACUACUACGUCCUCCCGGCACCCCGCGGGAGCGGCGGCGGCGGGGGCGGGCUCACCAUGGCGCCCAACGGCCUCCGGUGUCCGCUCUUCGUCGCGCAGGAGACCGACCCGCUCCGCAAGGGCUUCCCCGUGCGCUUCACGCCUCUGCCACAGCAGGACCAGGGUGGCAACGCCAACGACCGCACCGUGCGCGUCAACUCCGACGUCGGCGUCCACUUCGCCGCCGUGACGACGUGCGUGCAGACCACCGAGUGGCACGUCUCCGGCGACGGCGACGCCCCAGCCCCGCUACUGCCGUCGGGCCGCCGCCGGCUCGUGCUCACCGGCCCGGCCCGGUCCCCGAGCCCGAACGGGCGGGAGAAGGUGUUCCGCGUCGAGAAGCACAGCCGCGGCGGGUACAAGCUGGUGUGGUGCGGGGCCGCCGGCAGCGGCAGCACGUCGUCGUGCCAGGACCUGGGCGUGGUCAGGGACGAUGGGGACCGCCGCGCGUGGCUCGGCACCGCCGAGACCGACCGGGCUCAUGUCGUCGUGUUCGAGAAGGCAGCGACCGUACAUGCGUGA